AUGUUCACAGAACUCAAGAAGUUCGGGAUUUCCCUCUGGGACGAGAUCCGGCACUUGUGCCGUCGCCCGCGGGAGGUCCUGCUGACGGUGCUCAGCCUGUGCUGCGUAAUUCUCGCAGCACUCAUGCUUUGGAAAGUCUUAGUGAUCGCCGCCGGGAGCCCCUCCCCCGUAGUGGUAGUGCUGAGCGGCUCAAUGCUUCCCGCCUUCAGCCGGGGCGAUAUUCUCUUUUUGCACGACAAGGGGCCGACCACCAACGUGGGGGACAUUGUGGUUUUCAAGGCAAGUCGAAGCCCCCAAAGUGCUGCAGCUGCUGCUGCAGCUGCGUUGCUGGGCUGGGGCUUGCCACGGCAUUCUUCGUGGAGUUUCACUUUCACUUUGCAGCUUUGCUGUGGCUCGGUUUGCAACUUUGCUGCUCCUGAAUGUUCAACUUUGCUUCUGCUGAAUCCAACUUUGCUGCUGCUGAAUGUUCAACUUUGCUGCUGCUGA